AUGCCGGCUGAACAAAACAUGCGCACUAGGAACAACAAUGCGACUCAGAACCCUGAUCUGCGGUGUCGCCCUCUGGCUCCUAGGCAUGACAAUUCUCCAACAACUGGUCCCCAAAGAGUGCCAACCCCUUACCCUUCCCACCUCCAGGCGUUAGAAGAAUGUUUCACAGCAGGGGUAAUAGAGAUGCCCACUCCCAUUCGGCCAAUCCUAAGCUUCCCUUCCCAGCAGGAAUCCGAUGACUUGUCACUAGAAUUUCUUGAUGAAGAAGGCUUCUGCUAUCCAUUCGCACCCCUGUCAAAUGUUACUUGUUGGCCAUUCCUAAUCCCAGGACCCCCAGAAUCUUCCAACAGUGAUGCUAUAGUAUUACAUCAAUUCCCCAGACCGCUGGAGAUCCCUCACAACACCUCGGAAGUGUCCACCGGGUCCUAUCAUAUCGCCCCUGCACAGGUUUUCCCAUCCUUGUCGCCUAUGAAUGUCUCUUCCUCCCCAAAUCCUGACAGUCCGACUGCUGUGACUACUGACUCUCCCAAUAUGCCACCUCUUGCCUCUGAUGUCUCUGACAACGGUAGCCUCGACCACACUCCCAACCUGCAACUACUAGCUAAUGUCAGCAAGUACGUCAUAGCAUCCGAAGGACACAGCAGUGAUCCCCAGGAGUUUGUGGUCUACAGUGACAAUAUCAUCUGA